CCCCUCUCUUGGUGCCAGUCCCCUCCUCUGUCGAAGGGGAGGGCCAUGCCGCCUGCCCAAGGCGGAGCCCAAAGAACCUGCCCCCCGCACCCCGCCCCAGACUGCUAUGAGCGUGAAGCGGGUGGUUGGCGGGGCGGGCUAGCGCUGGGCAGGGCUGAGCGGUCCCUGCCCUCAGGUGCGCCCUCUCCUGGCCACAUGGACAAGCUGGCGGAAGAGCGGCAGAGGUGGAACGAGGAGUACUGGCAGAACGCCUGGGACAGGGGCGGCCUGGUCGUCAUCAGCCUGUUCAUCUCCAUGGUCCUGUUCCUCAUCCUGUUUGCUGUGAUAUUUGGGGUUCUGCAGCCAGUUGAGAAGGUCAAGUGUGAAGAGCAAUGACUGACUUUUGGGAGGCCCAGAAGGGGGUCACCUGUUCCACACUCUCA